AUGUCUGACACUCGGUUGGCUUCCCUGGAGGCCUUUCUUGAUGGUCACCCAACUAUAAAAUACAUCCCACCUUCAUCUCCAGACUACCCUUCCAAGCGAGAGCAGUGGAAUACUGGUCGAUCCGAUACUCCGUUGGCCAUUGUCCAACCGCAGUCUGCUGCCGAUGUGAGUGCAGUGGUCAAAUAUGCUAAGUCACAGAACAUUGACUUUACAAUCCGUACCGGCGGACACAACAUUGACGGGAAAGCAAUUGUGGAAGGUGCGCUAGCUAUCGAUAUGCGGGCUAUAGCAUUCGUAAACAUUGCCACAGACCGUCAGGCUGCUACCAUAGGAGGAGGCAUUUUGAUGCAAGAUGUAGCGACAAAACUUGGGCAUGAAGGUCUGGCGACACCGGUGGGGACAGUUCCAUCAGUCGGAUAUGUGGGUUGGGCGAUGUAUGGAGGUUAUGGCCCAUUAUCUGCACACUGGGGACUUGGAGUUGAUCAGAUUAUUGGUGCCACUAUGAUCAAUGGCGACGGGGAGGUUAUCAAAGCGGACGAGAAACUUUUGAAAGGAAUACGGGGUGCUGGGGGGCUAUUUGGGCCGAUCUUGGACGUGACAGUUAAGAUAUACCCGCUCAAGAACGUAUUGGCAGGAGCAAUUCUUUUUGAUUCAAAGGACAUCGCCAAGUCUCUUGUCGAUUACAACGUCGGAUAUCAGAAAUUGCUAGAUAGCGGUCUUCCAUCAGAGCUGAGUGUCCAACAGAUGGUUUUCAAUACCCCAACGACGAGAUUAUAUGGAAUCAGCGUCAUGUGGAGCUCAGAUGAUUUUGAAAGAGGCCGGUUCUGGGUUGAAAAACUCGCAUGUCUCGGCAUCAUAAUCGCAAAUACCGUCUCUAUCCGUAAUAUUUCUGAUUGGAUGGCAGAUAAUGGAGCUGCCGUGCCGUUAAACGUUUAUGGAUCUGCCCGAACACACAAUUUACGACAGAUAACCCCGCAAGUUGCUGAAAUUAUUGGGCAUUAUAUCACAGAGAUGCCUUCUAACCCAGCCACCGUGUUCUCAAUUCAUCAGUUGAGAGGUCCUUCUGCAGCACCAAAGCAGAACUCUGUCUUCGCAACGAGGGAGCUUCAUUACAUGCUUGAAAUUCUGGGGUAUGCGACUGUUGCGGAGGACAGAGGAAAAGCGGAGAAAUGGGGAGUUGAUUUUGCGAGGGCUUUGGAGGAAAGUGGUGAGGGAAAUAUUCUUCCUACAAGAUAUAUUUCACUUGAUGGCUCUGAUGAGGCACAUUCUAUUACCAGAAUAUUCGGCUCAAAUACACAGGAAGUCCUCGCGUUAAAGAAAGAAUACGAUCCUAAUCAUGUGUUUAGGUUGACAGUGCCAUCGCUGUGA